CAGCUCUGUUGCAGGACUCGCCCUCACUUCCGAGUGUGUUGUGUUCUGUUGGGGGUUUGGGUAAAUAAUAAUACCACCAGGGCGCUUGUGUGUGUGUUGCCAAGAGAACGCACUGUAAGGAGUUCAGAUGGCGCUGGUCUCGCAUGCUUUAAAGCAGUCAGUGUGAUGUCUAACUGAAUGUGACAAGAAAUGAAUAAACCCAAAAUGGCAGCAGAGAAAAGUGCUUCCCGGGUGCUGAUGUUGCUGAGUCAGCUGGAAAAACUGAAUGAGGAGUCCAGAGUCUCUGAUAAUGAUGCCAUCCGACAAGUCACGGGCAAAAUCCUUCACCUCAUUCAGACUCAAGAGAAGACCCGUAAGGAGGUGGGCUCUAAAGGCUCUGGUGGGAUGGAGAUCAUUCUGUCAUCUCUCGAGAACACCCGGGAUUUGCAGACCACCUUGAACAUCCUUGGGAUUUUGAAUGAACUAUUGACUGUUGGUGGAGGCCGCAGGACUGGGCUGUUUGUGUCUAAAGGAGGAACAGCCAUUCUGCUGCAGCUGCUGGUGAGCUCCAGCAAAGACCCUCCGGCCAAUGAGGAACUGAUGCUUCACAUUCAUUCACUACUCGUCAAAGUCGGACCCAAAGACAGGAAGUUCGGUGUUAAAGCGCGUCUGAAUGGGGCUCUGAAUGUGACUCUGAAUCUGGCCAAGCACAACCUGCAGAACUACAAGCUGUUGUUGCCAUGUCUGCAGGUUCUUCGGGUCUAUUCAAGCAACUCGGUAAACGCAGUGUCGCUGGGAAAAAGCGGUGCUUUGGAGAUCCUGUUUGAAAUUGUUGGACCUUUCAGCAAAAAGAGCACCACUCUGCUGAAGGUGGCGUUGGACACACUGGCAGCAUUAUUAAAGUCUGGAAUGAAUGGCCGUCGGGCAGUGGACAGAGGAUAUCUGCCCACGCUGCUCGCAAUCUACCAAGACUGGCACCGCAACGACACACGCCACCGACACGUGAUCAUCCGCAAGAGCAUUCUGGGAUGCAUCAAAAACAUCACCAACAUUAAGCUCGGCAGAAAGGCUUUCAUAGAAGCCAGUGGCAUGAGGAUCCUUUAUAACACAUCCACAGAGUGCCUACCCGUCCGGACGCUGGAUCCGCUGGUCAACACCUCCAGCCUGAUUAUGAGGAAGUGCUUUCCAAAGAACCGCCUACCACUGCCUACUAUUAAAAGUGUCUUUCUGCACCCGCUCCCGCACAUACCGGCUGGAGGACCAGUGGCGCAGCUAUACAACCAGCCGCCUGGAGUGGAUGAUGUCGUUGAUGAGAGCGAUGAGAAUGAAGCCACAGAAGUCGACACCGAAAAUGACACAGAAAAUGAAGAGGAUGAAACCGGUCACAAAACACAAAAUGAUGACAUAGAGACGGAUAUCAACAAACUGCGGCCAAAGCAGAUGAACACACGACCCUUUGAAGAGCUCCGAGUCUACGAGCAUUUCUGUCGGGAAUUCACUGAAACUUUUCAGGAUAUUGACUUUGAAGACUCCAUUUCUGCCAUUCCUCCAUCAAGAGUCAACUCAGAGCUUCACCGUCCCAUCAUCAUUCCCACCACACAAUCCUCACCGGGACCUCAAAACAGACGUCCGCUCCGGGAAAACACCCUGUCCCUGAAGCCUGAACAAUCCCCUCUGGAGCUGGACAGCAUCUCCAUAGCCAAGAGGCCGGACGGCAGAGCGGACGCUGACCUGGUGUGCAGUUUGGGUCAUCUGAUUCUUGACGCUGCUGUGAAUGGAAGCCCUGUGGAUGGGUGUCAGGAUGAGGGCGGUGAACAGUCUGUGCUGGAAGUGCCGGAUACCGCAGCACUUUUGCCUCUACACGACCCGGAGCUUUAUUUGGAGAUGGUGAAGAGCACGCGAUCAGUGCCCGGAUACACAGAGGUGGCAUAUCCAGAUUACUUUGGCCAUGUGGCGCUCAACCUCCGCGAGCCCAUUCUGGAGAGGGUUUAUGGCGUGCAGAGAACUAAGAUCUUCCAGGACAUCGAGAGGCUCAUUCACUCUAGUGACAUCCUGGAUAAAGUCGUGUAUGACCUAGACAAUCAGAGUUCUCCAGUUACCGACAACGGGGAAUCUCUCAAGUUCAACUCCAAAUUUGAGUCUGGAAAUCUACGGAAGGCGAUACAAGUCAGGAAGUUCGAGUAUGACUUGAUCCUGAACUCAGAUAUCAAUAGUAAUCACUAUCACCAGUGGUUUUAUUUUGAGGUGGGAAAUAUGCGUCCUGGAGUUCGCUAUCGAUUCAACAUAAUCAACUGUGAGAAGUCCAACAGCCAGUUCAAUUAUGGUAUGCAGGUGAUCAUGUACUCUGUACAGGAGGCCAUCAACGGCAGCCCUCAUUGGGUUAGAACAGGAUCAGACAUCUGCUAUUACAAGAAUCAUUUCGCACGAAGCUCCAUUGCAGCCGGAGGUCAAAAGGGCAAAUCGUACUUCACCAUGACCUUCACUGUGACCUUUCAGCAUAAAGAUGACGUUUGCUACUUUGCCUAUCAUUACCCUUACACCUAUUCAAUGCUGAAGAUGCAUCUGCAGAAGCUGAGUGCUCUGUGCACACCCGAGAUCUACUACAGGCAGGAGGAUCUGUGUGAAACACUGGGAGGAAAUGGCUGUCCACUGCUCACCAUCACAGCCAUGCCAGAAUCCUCCAGCGACGAUCACAUCAGCCAGUUCAGAAGCCGUCCAGUGAUUUUUCUGUCUGCGCGGGUUCAUCCUGGAGAGACGAACUCCAGCUGGGUGAUGAAGGGCAGUCUGGAGUUCCUCAUGAGCUGCAGUCCGCAAGCCCAGAGUCUACGCCAGAGCUACAUCUUCAAAAUCAUGCCGAUGCUCAACCCUGACGGGGUCAUCAAUGGGAAUCAUCGUUGUUCUCUAAGUGGCGAGGAUCUGAAUAGGCAGUGGCAGAACCCCAAUGCCGAACUUCAUCCCACCAUUUACCAUGCCAAGAGUCUCCUGCAAUACCUCAGAGCUACAGGAAGAACUCCUCUGGUUUUCUGCGACUAUCACGGUCACUCACGGAAGAAGAAUGUUUUCAUGUACGGCUGUAGUAUUAAGGAGACGAUGUGGCAGUCCAGUGUCAACACCAGCACAUGUGACCUAAACGAGGACCUCGGAUACAGGACUCUGCCUAAGCUGCUGUCUCAGAUGGCUCCAGCGUUCAGUCUGUCCAGCUGCAGUUUUGUGGUGGAACGCUCUAAAGAAGCCACGGCGCGUGUGGUGGUGUGGCGGGAGAUCGGCGUGCAGCGCAGUUACACCAUGGAGAGCACGCUUUGUGGCUGUGACCAGGGAAAAUACAAGGGUCUUCAGAUCGGUACGAGUGAACUGGAGGAAAUGGGCUCUCAGUUUUGUUUGGCUCUGCUGAGACUUAGGCGCUUCACGUCCCCAUUAGAGCUUCACAACCACAACUCUCAUCUGCUGGACAUGGAGAACGAGCUGAUAGACACACGUCACAUCCCCAACAUCACCAGUCCCACCACAUACGUAUUGGAUGAAGAUGAGCCAGCGUUUCUGGAGGAAGUCGACUACAGCGCAGAAAGCAACGAUGAGAACGAUCCCGAACUGGAACCUGAUCUCCGGGAUAACCAUGCCCUCCCAGACCCCAGCUCAGACUCCGAGUUGAGCCACCAAGACUCUCUUACCUGAAACUGUACCAGAUACACUGCAGCGUGUAAGGCUUUAGCUGAACUCACCGGCCGUUUGCCUGUGUCGCACCUCACCUGUGUUUGCCUAAGUGCAUAUUUCGCAUAUCAGUCACUAAACUGAGCAAAGUCACAAUAACCGAACAUCAGAUAGAUAGUUUACAAGUUACAGCACUCGAAAUAAUGUUACACAGACAUUAAACUGAAAGAUAUUAUUAUAAUUAUUAUUAUUAUUAUUAUUAUUAUUAUUAUUAUUAUUAUUAUUAUUAUUAUUAUUAAUAAAGGGAUAGUUCACCCCAAACUGAAAACGCAUCAUUUACUCACCCCUUAAUUGUUCUUCAAAAUAUCUUAUAAAUAUCUAGAAGAAAGAAAGUACUUAAAGGUUUGGAACUACUUGAGUGUGGGUAAAUAGUGUGUAGAUUUCAUUUUUGAGUGAACUAUCUCUUUUUAAAAUGUAAAUAAAACGUUUUGUUAGGACUAUACAUGUCAUUUAAAGGGAUAGUUCACUCA